UUGCUGUCAUCUUUUGACUCUUUUUCCAUUUCUGAGGUACCGUUUACUGCUUAUUUUAGGUCAGCUCAUCUCUCUCUUUAGCUUCUCUUUUUCUAUAUAUGCAGACCAAGAUAGCUACCUCGGCCUUACAUGAUUGUCCUUUCUUUGCAAAAGAUAAGUGGUCAAGUUUAUUAAGAGAAGAUCAAGAAGCAAGAGUCGAGUGUUCUCACUUUGAAAGCCUUAGAAAAGGAAAAAAAGAAAGAAAGUUUCUCAAGAUUCAUUUCGAGUGAGCAAGGAAAGGAAAAGGAAAGAAAAAAUUCAUUAUGGGUAGACCACCUUGCUGUGAUAAGAUUGGAGUGAAGAAAGGGCCAUGGACUCCUGAAGAAGAUAUCAUGUUAGUUUCUUACAUUCAAGAGCAUGGUCCAGGAAAUUGGAGAGCUGUACCCACUAACACAGGAUUGCUUAGAUGCAGUAAAAGUUGCAGGCUUAGAUGGACUAACUACCUCAGACCAGGGAUCAAACGUGGUAAUUUUACUGAUCAUGAAGAGAAGAUGAUAAUCCACCUUCAGGCCCUUUUAGGAAACAGAUGGGCAGCCAUAGCUUCAUACCUUCCACAAAGAACAGAUAAUGACAUCAAAAACUAUUGGAAUACACAUUUGAAGAAGAAACUUAAAAAGCUUCAAACAGGAAACGAAGGUCACUGUAAAGAUCAUGGGUUAUCGUCAUCAUCAACAGUAUCAACAGUUUCCGCAGCAAUUUCUAGAGGACGAUGGGAAAGAAGGCUUCAAACUGAUAUUCAUACAGCUAGACAAGCUCUAUACGAGGCAUUAUCACCAGAGAAAUGGCAAAGCAACAGCAGCAUCUGCUUAACUGAUCAGUUGACAAAGCUUUCUAGUGGAAGCAACAAUUCUUCUUCUUGUGAAAAAACAGCAUCAAGUACUUAUGCAUCGAGUACUGAAAAUAUAGCUAAGCUGCUAAAAGGGUGGAUGAGAAAUGGACCUAAGAAUAGCAGUAAGAAGUUAUAUGGCCAAACAACAUCAGCAACUACUCAGAAUUCUCUCAACAAUAUUAUGGCAGCAGGGACUACUACUGAUUCUUUAUCAAGUGAAGAAGGAAUUCGAAGUAAAGCAGAUAAAAAUAAUGGGGUUGAAUUAGCAGAGACGUUCGAGUCAUUGUUUGGUUUUGAAUCUUUUGAUUCUUCAAAUUCCGAUUUCUCUCAGACUAUGUCACCUGAUGAAGCUAGUCUUUUUCAAGAUGAAAGCAAGCCAAAUUCUAGUGCCCAAAUGCCACCACUUUCAUUGCUUGAGAAAUGGCUCUUCGAUGAAGGAGCAAACCAAGUCACAUUAGAUGAUGAAACUGAUCUUUUCUAGAGGGGAAUUAAUCUUUUUCUAUUUCCUAAGGGGAGAUAUUUAAUUUGGGGACUACUUUUAAUUUAAUUUGAGUAAUGUGCUACUAAUUUUUUUUUUUAAUCUGAAGGGUUUCUAUUUAAUAUGUUUUUGGGUAAUCUAGGAAACCUUCUGAUACAGUGAUUUUUAGAUUAUGGUUUAGUUCUUCAAGUGAUACAGAUUCGGUGGCCUCAGCAGCGAAAGGUAUUCACCCCUUCAGUGCUAGAACACAGAAAAUGUAAAUCUCAAUUUAUUAUGUCAUUACAUGUUUUCUAAUGAGAAUAACAGUCCUUUUCUUUA